CGCUAGUCUAGUCGCUAGCGCAACUCCCACGCCGCAGGCAGGUCGGCACGCACCCGCAAUUCGCAAACCCGCACCACCUCCCUAACCCUCCCGCGAGAUCUCUCACCUUCCCCUCAGAUCCGCCUCACCUCGCCGGCGCGCUCGCGCGCUUUCCGCACGCCCGCCGCCAUGUCGCACAACCACAGCGACACGAUCCCGCUCCACCCCUCGUCGGCGCAGUCCGACAUGGAUGAGAUCGAGAGCCUCAUCCACGCCGCGCCAUCCCCGGCCACCGUGCUCCCCGCGCGGCCGCCGUCUCCGACGCGGGCCUCCAUCCCCGUAUCCUCCUCGCCGGCGCCGGCCCCCGUCCCCACGAAGCCGCCUCUCCCCGCCGCCUCCAUCCCGAUCUCCGUCUCCGUUUCCCCCGUUCCCGCCUCCGUCUCCGUCCCCAUCGGCGCUGACGGGUUUGGGCCUCCGCCCAACACGCUCACAGAGCCGGUAUGGGAUACCGUCAAGCGAGACUUAGCACGCAUCGUCAGCAAUCUCAAGCUCGUCGUCUUCCCCAAUCCCUACCGCGAGGACCCCGGCAAGGCGCUCAGGGACUGGGACCUUUGGGGUCCCUUCUUCUUCAUCGUCUUCCUUGGCCUCACGCUCUCCUGGUCGGCUUCCGUUAAGAAGUCUGAAGUAUUCGCUGUUGCAUUCGCUGUCCUGGCAGCUGGGGCUAUAAUUCUGACCUUGAAUGUUCUGCUUCUGGGUGGACACAUCAUCUUCUUCCAAAGCCUGAGUCUUCUUGGCUAUUGCCUGUUUCCACUGGAUGUUGGUGCUCUAGUUUGCAUGCUGAAGGACAAUGUCAUACUUAAGAUUGUCGUGGUGACAAUCACAUUGGCAUGGAGCUCCUGGGCUGCAUAUCCAUUCAUGAGUGCUGCUGUUAACCCAAGGAGAAAAGCUCUGGCCCUAUAUCCUGUCUUCCUCAUGUAUAUCUCAGUUGGUUUCCUCAUAAUUGCCAUUGAUUAAUGAAGGUGGCCAAGCUUUGUAGUAACAUCUGAAGAGUUGAGUGGAUGAUUGAACCACCAGAAUACAUACAAGUUUGAGUAGACAAUGCUUCUACCCUCAUGGAGUCUUUGUGAAUUGCCUCGUGGGGAUUUUGGUCUUUACAUGGGCAGGAGGCUUAAGGUUGUAAAAUUAGUCGAAAAUUUAUAUCUGUUGUAAAGGGCAUGAACAUUGGACCACUGAAUUGGCUGUCAAGCUUUCUUAUACUACCAUAUGCUGUUCAAAAUUCAACUACUCAAGUAUUCGAUUA